GAAUAUUUUUUCAAGACAAAAAGAUAAAAUUUAAAUAUUUGUACAGUUGAUGGAUUAUAAAGAUAAAAUAAUGCGUAGAUCUCACGGAGGAAAUUAUUAUGAUCCACUGCCUUCAAGCAGUUCAUAUGGUGGUGAGUUUAUUGAAACGGAGAACGAUGAUUUAACAGAGCAACUAAAAGAUAAAGUGAAUACUUUGAAGUCUCUCUCUAUUGAUAUUGGUGCAGAAGUAAAAUACCAGGAUCGCUUACUAAGAGAUAUGGAUCAUGAUUUUGAAACUACUGGAGGAUUUUUGAGUAAUACACUUGGUCGAGUUACAAGACUUAGUAGAAAUAGUGGUGGCUAUAAUAUGCUGUAUCUAAUUUUAUUUUGUUUGGCAGUAUUUUUUAUACUAUACAUAUUUUUGAAACUGAAAUAAAAAUCUGUAAUGUAUUAUAUAUUUAUUAUUAUUAUUAAUCUACUGUGAUUGGUUAGUGAAAUUCCAUGUUUUUCAAGUACAUAAUCAUUAAGAGAUUUUAAUUAUAUAUACAUUUUAAUAAAUUAAUAUUUUACAGAUUAUUUUUUAUAUUUUUAUUAUAAAU